AUGGAAACGGAGCUGCCGCUGCCGUUUCUUAUCAGCGUUGCUGUCCCACCUGGCCUGGCCAACUUGGAUGGCCUGACACGCGAGGAAGUGUCGCUCUUGGGCAAUCCUUUCCUGCAGGCCACGCCCACGAUCCAAGAAAAGCUUCUCCGCUUCUCCAACCGUCACAGCUACGAGUUCCACGCUCACCUAGACGCCACUGCCUUGCAAUCGCCAGACGACGUGAUUGCGCUGCUGGAUGGCGGGGCGCGCCGGGUUUUCGUCGCUCCAGAGGCAUUGACUCGAUAUGCCGGUUUCGGAGACAGAGUCUUGCCCGCUGUUUCUACCCCGGAUCUCUCUGCAGCUUCGGAGCACGGCUUGUUGAUCAAGGAUUUUGACUGGACGACCUCCGAGGCUCGCCAGUUCGUCGAGGCCGCCCAAUCAACAAAGCCCAAGAAUCUCUAUCUUUUCCCCGUCGCUGGUGCUCCCCUGGACCAGUUCAUCAAGAUUGCGCAAAACGCCAACGCCAUUCCUAUUCUUCCCUCUACCGGUCUGACAACCAGCAAGUCUGUCACGGACAAGCUGUUGCUUUCCAAAGUCAUUGUGACUUACUGGAAGUCGGAUCGCCAGGAUGGCCUUGUUCCUACCGUUGUCACCGACGAGGCCGGCGUCGCUCUUGGCCUCGCCUACUCCAGUGAGGAAAGCGUGCUCGAAGCCCUAAAGACGCAGGCCGGAGUCUAUCAAAGCAGAAAACGAGGCUUGUGGAUCAAAGGCGCGACCUCGGGAGACACCCAGGAGCUGGUCCGGGUGGCUCUGGACUGCGACAACGACACCUUGAAGUUUGUAGUCAAGCAAAAGGGCCGCUUCUGUCACCUGCAGCAGUUUGGCUGCUUCGGGAACUUGAGGGGCAUUCCUUCUCUGGAGCGGACUCUGCUAUCCAGAAGGCAAUCUGCUCCCGAGGGCUCCUACACGGCUAGGCUGUUUUCCGACGAGAAGCUGUUGCGGGCCAAAAUCAUGGAGGAGGCGGAGGAGCUAUGCGAUGCCAAGACGCCUCAGGAGGCUGCCUUCGAGGCCGCCGACUUGAUUUACUUUGCUUUGACCAAGGCCGUUAGUACUGGCGCCACGCUGGCCGAUAUUGAGGCCAAUCUGGACGCCAAGAGCCUAAAGGUCACCAGAAGACCAGGCAACGCCAAAGGAAAGUGGGCGGAGAAGGAGGGCAUCAAGACACAGGGCGGCGCUUCUGCUCACCAACCAGCCUCCGGCAAACCCGUCGAAGCCAGGAUCGCCAUGAAGCGCGUCGAUGCCACCAAGGUAACCGAGGCUGAGCUGCUGAGCACCUUGCAGCGUCCCUCGCAGAGGUCUCCCGAAGCCAUCCUGAAGAUUGUAACCCCCAUUAUAGACGACGUGCGCAGGAAUGGCGACAAAGCUCUGCUCUCAUACACCCACAAGUUUGAAAAGGCCACUUCUCUGACGUCCCCCGUCAUCAAGGCCCCGUUCUCCCCUGACCUCAUGAGGCUGGAUCCCGAGACGAUCAAGGCCAUUGACACGUCGUUUGAGAACAUUAGAAAGUUCCACGCUUCUCAGAAGGAAGACAAGCCCUUGGAGGUGGAGACGAUGCCAGGCGUCGUCUGCGGCCGCUUCUCGAGACCCAUCGAACGAGUCGGCCUGUACGUCCCCGGCGGCACUGCCGUGUUGCCCAGCACUGCGCUCAUGCUCGGCGUUCCAGCCAUGGUAGCCGGAUGCCAGAAACUCGUGUUUGCUUCCCCCCCGCGAUCGGACGGAAGCGUCACCCCCGAAAUUGUCUACGUGGCCCACAAGGUCGGCGCCGAGAGCGUCGUCCUCGCCGGCGGCGCCCAAGCCAUAGCUGCCAUGGCCUACGGGACCGAGAGCGUCAGCAAGGUCGACAAGAUUCUCGGCCCUGGCAACCAGUUCGUCACCGCGGCCAAGAUGCACGUCAGCAACGACACCAACGCCGGCGUGAGCAUCGACAUGCCCGCCGGUCCGUCCGAGGUCCUCGUCGUUGCCGACCGGCACGCCAACCCGGCGUUUGUGGCGUCGGACCUGCUCUCCCAGGCAGAGCACGGCGUCGACAGCCAAGUCAUUCUCAUCGCCGUCGACCUCGACGACGAGCAGCUCCAAGCCAUCGACGACGAGGUCCACAACCAGGCCGUGGCCCUCCCCAGGGUAGACAUUGUUCGCGGGUCGAUUGCCCAUUCCGUCACCAUCCAAGUCAAGACCAUGCAAGAAGCCAUGCGCAUCAGCAACGAGUACGCUCCCGAGCACCUCAUUCUGCAAACCAAAGAUGCCGCCGAGUCUGUCGACCAGGUCAUGAACGCAGGCAGUGUCUUUAUCGGCCACUGGACCCCGGAGAGUGUAGGCGACUACUCUGCCGGUGUGAAUCAUUCGUUGCCCACCUACGGUUUCGCCAAACAAUACUCCGGCGUCAAUCUCUCGUCUUUUAUGAAGCACAUCACCUGCUCCAAUCUCACGGCCGAGGGUCUCAGGAACGUCGGGCCCGCCGUCAUGCAGCUCGCCAAGGUGGAGGAGUUGGAGGCCCACAGGCGAGCAGUGGAAAUCCGCCUCAAGCACAUGAAUCAGUGA